UCACUCUAGUUACUCAGGAAACUAUAAAAUGGGAACAACGUGCUUUCCACUCAUUUCCGAUUUACUUAAUAUUACGAUUCGCUUAGCAUUCGCGUCGAUGCUAAUUUCAAAAUUCACUAGGUUUCAACUUGCUCCAGUACAAUGUAGAGUACAAUAUAUCAAAACGUGUCAUCGUUUAGAAAAUCUUAAAAAAAGGUGUUCACUUGUGUAAGUGAAGUUUAUCUAAUCUCUCGUAACACAGAUAUGAUGAAAUCUAAUUUCGCUAUCCCAGUGCCGAAGCAGAAACAGUAUAAGUAUCUCGAUGUCGUUCAAUUGUUUACGAAAUAGUGCAAACGGUUUAGACUUGCAAUACGAGGCCUGCGCUUGAAAUAUUAUCACCGCCACCGGCAGUUUGGGCAGUCUCGGUGCAAACCAGGCCAGUGACGGUUAUCAGUACUAUUAUCAUGGGAAUACUGUUUUUGUCCGAAGUAAAUUAUUAUCUCACACCAACCCUAAGCGAAGAAUUAUUUGUGGAUACUUCGAGGGGUUCUAAGCUAAGAAUUAAUUUGGACAUUAUAGUUCCUACAAUAUCUUGUGAUCUUUUAUCAAUCGAUGCUAUGGACACUACUGGUGAACAACAUUUGCAAAUAGAGCAUAAUAUAUUUAAAAGAAGAUUAGAUUUGAGUGGGAAACCUAUAGAAAAUCCGCAAAGGACAGAUAUCACCGACACAAAAGCACUUAGCAAAACUACAGCAAAGACAGUAGAAAGUAGUACCCCUAAAACGUGUGGAGAUUGUUAUGGAGCAGCUAGUGAAACUAUCAAAUGUUGUAACACUUGUGAAGAUGUAAGGGAAGCAUACAGAGUUAAAAAGUGGGCACCUCCCGACCCAGGAGACAUAAAGCAAUGUCAGAAUGAUAAGUCAAUAGAAAAAUUUAAGAAUACUUUCACCCAAGGAUGUCAGAUUUAUGGAUACAUGGAAGUAAACAGAGUGGGGGGAAGUUUCCACAUUGCACCUGGUGAUAGUUUCUCUGUUAAUCAUGUACAUGUACACGAUGCUCAACCAUACACAUCAUCCCAGUUCAACAUGACCCACAAAAUUCGUCACUUGAGUUUCGGACUGAACAUCCCAGGCAAGACAAACCCCAUGGAUGAUACCACUGUGGUUGCAAUGGAAGGAGCGAUGAUGUUUUAUUAUUACAUAAAAAUCGUGCCCACAACUUAUGUUCGAGCCGAUGGUGCAACUUUACUGACGAAUCAAUUUUCGGUGACACGGCAUGUCAGGAAGGUAUCGGUAUUCAGCGAGUCGGGAAUGCCAGGGAUAUUCUUCAGCUACGAGCUCAGUCCGCUUAUGGUGAAAUACACGGAGAAGGCGAAAUCAUUCGGUCAUUUUGCGACGAAUACGUGCGCGAUUAUCGGUGGUGUGUUCACCGUUGCUGGAUUAAUCGACUCGUUGCUGUACCACUCUGUUAAAGCGAUACAGAAAAAGAUAGAACUAGGAAAGUACAAUUGAAGUCGAAACUUACCAAUAAAAGUUUGAAAGUAUUAUAAAAAAUAAACGUUACUGCGCAUGCACGCUGUAAGAUAGUUUAAACGUUAAUCGAGUAACCAUGAUUUCACAGAAAAAAGGAAGGGUUGAUGGGAUAUUGUAAAGUAAUCGAUGCAUUUAUCCAUUUUUUUACAUUGAGUUUGACAAAAUUGUGAAUAUAGCUGAACACUUUUUUGAGAAAUAUAUAUAUAUAAAUAUAUAUAUAAUUGUACAUAAGGAUCUACAGAUAUACAUAUGAUAAUAGUUAUCCUGCUAAUAAAUAAUAUUAAAAACACAAAUUUUUAUUAUAACAUGAUUGUAUUUAAAGUAAAUGCUGUAACAUUAAAUGGUUUUUAGAAACAGA